AUGGAUCUUCAAGGAGAGAGGUUCAGUUGUUGUGAAGAAGGCUUCAGGGCGCUCAAGAAAGUCCAGCAAGCGCCAGGACCGUCUCCUAAAGUUGAUUCAGCUGCAGGAUUGCGGCACCACCAGUGCAGAGCUUGCUCUGAAUGGCUGCAGGCAGAUAUUGUUUUGAAGCUGUUUUGGUUCAGUUUUCAUGUGUUUCUAUCUCAGGGUUACCAGGCUCUCACUAUGUGUCAGAAAUACAAAUUAUUGUACUUAGGGAUUCUGGAAAAUGGAGACAAGAGGACAGACAGUUGGCCACUGAUCUGCUCUCCUGUGCCAAUCAGCUGUAUCGUUCUGUGCUACCUGGCCAUUAUAUGGGUGGGGACCAAAUCUAGGGAGCCAGUCAACUUUAAACCCGUCCUGAUAGUUUACAACUUUGCAAUGGUCUGCCUGUCUGCACACAUGUUCUAUGAGACAAUAUUUUUUAUCCUGAGGGAGAAGAAGAGUCAGCUGACCUUCCUUCACGGCUGUCAUCACGCCACCAUGAUCUUCAGCUGGUGGGCCGGGGUGAAAUAUGUGGCUGGUGGCCAGUCUUUCCUGAUUGGGCUGAUCAACUCCCAGGUCCACGUAGUGAUGUAUCUGUACUGCAGCCUGGCAGCUUUGGGACCGAGCAUGCCUGAAUACCUCUGGUGGAAGCGCUACCUCACCUGCUGCAGCUCGUCAGUGUGUUUGUGUGCGUAA